AUGGAACACGACGAGAUGUCUUUUGACACUAAUUCAACCACAAUGUUAGAUCAGUUGGACGAGGAGACACCAAUGAAAAGUAAAAAGAUUAUCAAGUUUUGGAUGAUUCUAGCAGCUAUUUGCGUAAUAGGAAUUAUAUUCAAUUUGGGUCUUUUGUUGAGGAGAAAAUUUACUUCAACCCGCACAUCAUCCACUACGAGAUCUUCUCUUUUCUUAUUGGGAACAAUGGCUGCAGCUGACACUUUAUGCCUCUUCUCAUUGCUCUUUCUCCUAUGUCUUCGAUUCUUCGGACUCGAAAACCAUCCAUACGUUCUGACAUUUGUUUGCAAGCUGAGUGUGUUCGUCAUGCACACAACUUCAUCCUUCUCCAUCUGGUGUUGGUUAGUGCUCUCUGCAGUCCGCUACGUGGCAGUUUACCGCCCGUACACACAUCUCAAACUCAAUAAGGAGCCGCGUCUCGCCGUGCUAACCGUCGCCAUCUUCUGUUGUGUGUCGGAAGUGUGGGUGCUUUGGGACAUUGAAUACGACGAGACAUUCAAAGCAUGCGGCGGAACUGAAACCGAGAUCAGCAGACAUCUGCAGAUUUUUGAGAUCUUCAGCUCGUACUUUCUUCCGGUUAUUAUUAUUACUGUCCUGGAUUUGAAGGUCAUCUUGUGCCGAACAUGGAGAUUUUCCAGUGGCCCGAAACGUAGCGUCAAAGCUGUCAAACAAAAAAUGAGUAUCUAUUCAGAAGGGUGUCCAUCCCCCGAAUCAAGUGUCAAAAAGUAUUCAACCGCAAACGUGACAAUUCAUAAGUCUAAAUCAAACGGAGAGUUGACGACAUCCAGCUCUUCUAGAUCGAAACGUCGCCAACAUUUACGAGUUUUACGUCGAUGUCUCUGUAUUACAAUCUGUGAUCUUUCCAUGAAUCUACCAUCUUAUUUGCUGAGACUCUAUGUCUCUUUAGUUGAUGAUACUGCACCAAUGUCAGAUGAAUACAUCUCAACGAUUGCUUUGAUUGAAGAAAUCUCACAAGUCAUGUAUUUCGCCCAGUUUGCUCUCAACGCUUUGUAUCUCAUAUGCAUUAUUUAUGACGCCCCGAAGAGAAAGUUUACGCUCCCGAGUACCCAACUGAGCGCCGUCGGACUCACUCCCCGAGCCAGCCGAAAAUCAGCUCGAAGUACAUUCGAAACUCGUCUUGUUUAA